AUGAAGAAAGCGAAGAAAGCAUGGUCACGCUUGAAGCGUUCCGAGCAUUCCAGUAAAUCUACAGGCAAUGCACUACAGGUACAAGGGGACGCAGGAUCUCAGCCGCUUAUUGCAGAUGCCGCUCAGCAAGGCGCACCACACCUGGAAUCCGACACAUCUCCGCCAUCACUUCAUGAAGCGAGUGAUCAUGCCUCGAGAAUCUGGGAACAGGCAUACAAGGCAUUGAGAAUUGACGACAGUGGCCUUCUGGGCAAGUUUGAGGAUCUUAUGGCCUACCAGAUUGCAACGGCCGAUACCGCGGACUCGAACAAGAAAGUCCCUGCAACACAUGACACAGUUUCACAAGAGGACAUGCUCAAGAUCAUCGCUUCUGGCCUCGAUAAGACAGAAAAACUGGCAAAAAGACUGCAAAACGCCAAGGAAAUCACGGGUCCAAUCUUGAAGUUCAAAGAGACUAUUGGCGGUGUAAUAUCCCUCACCGGUGACCCAAUCGCGACGUCAGCUUGCACCAGUGUAUUUCUUGGCCUGAGCCUGAUUGUUGAGCCCUUGGAGCAGAAUGAGAAAAACCGUAGUGGUAUGAUCUACAUUUUAUCACGCCUGGAAUGGUACUCCGCAAUGAUCCCGCUUUUGCUCGACAUUAGUCGGAGUCCUAAGCGUGACGACAACCUCGAGCGUCUGAGCAGAAGCCUUGAGUCUGGGGUGACCAGCCUGUACAAAGCCAUGAUCUCAUAUUCUAUUCGAGCUGUCCUAUCGUAUCAUCGCCAACAAGGAUACAACUUCCUAAGGGGGGCCUUGGGUCUUGAUGAUUGGCAAGGUGCUCUGAAAACUGUCAAGGACGCUGAGGAGCUUGUGGAAAGGGAUAGCGAAAAGUUCAACGAUUUCGCAAAGCUUAGCCAUCUCAAAACUUCUGCCGAAACUCGGGAGAGGCAGUUGAACGAAGUACUCGCAGGUCUACAAGCAGUCCCCACUGCGAUCGAGAGGCAGACUGCAAAACAACAAGAAUGGCGGAUGGAAGAUGAAGACAUGAAGUGCUUGAGAGCCCUGAGAGGUCUGACCGUUGCUUCUCGGGACGAAGUAAGAACUAUCGAGAGCCGCAAGGAACCUCUGUUGGCUGAGGCAUGUCAAUGGGUACUAGAUACUGAAGAGUACAAGACGUUUAUCAACAAUGACGAGGUAGACGCGCGGCUUCUUUGGGUGCGAGGUGGCCCUGGCGCAGGCAAGACGAUGUUGACAAUGGGCAUAAUGCGCGACAUCACAGAAUCCAUGGAGCGCCCCGACGCCGAUGACUCGGUCCUUUCAUUUUUCUUCGCUCAAUCAGCCGAGGAUAAGCACAAUAAAUCCACGGCGAUUGUAGGAGGGCUCGUGUGGCAUCUGGCUGAUCAAAAGAAGCAUCUGGUAUCUCAUUUGAGGGCGCAAUGGGAUUCCUCUGGAGAAAGCCUCUUCACUGAUAGCAAUGCCUUUGCCGCUCUUUCUAAAAUUCUACAAAACAUGGUGGAGGACGUGUCCCUUCCCCGAGUGGUUUUGAUCGUUGAUGCUUUGGACGAAUGCGAACAGGGCUUGGAUGAGUUGAUCGGCCUGAUUGCGAAUACGGUCCAAGUCUGCCCGCGAGUCAAAAUCAUGGUUACCAGUCGCCCGUUAAGCCAAAACAACGAAAACACUCUGCGCAAAUGCCGUGCAACACAUGUCCUCGAGCUUGAUAACAUUUCAAUGAGUUCACCCGUCAACUCAUACAUCGAUCACAAAGUUGGCGAACUUCAAAUGGAGCCAGAGCAACACGCAUCAAUCAAGAAACGUCUCAAGCAGAACGCGGGCGCCACAUUCCUGUGGGUGGCGUUGGUAUUCCAGAGGUUAAAGCAAGCGUCACCACAUAACUAUUCAAGAAUAUUAGAUUCGACUCCCAAUAGUCUGUCAGCAUUGUACGACGAGAUACUAGGCCGCAUUGAUGCUCACGAGUUCGAUGCCCAGAAUUGCAUUGAUAUACUCAAAGUUGCAGCAGUAGCAUUGGACUCUUUGACAAUAGCGGAGCUUGGUGCUCAAGCACAAUUGAACUGGAAUGUCGUCCCAGAAAUCGUGCGGUUGUGUGGCCCCCUUCUUCUGAUUCGCGAAGACAAGUUGUAUUUUGUACACCUGUCUGCCAAAGAGCAUGUUUUCACUCAUUUUGGGGGUGAAAAUACCGGCCGAGGUCAUGAGCAUAUGGCAGAAAGAUGCAUGAUGGUAAUGCAGCAACAUUUGAAAAAGAAUGUCUGCAAUUUGGCCAAGCCUAGUGCAGAACCGCCCUGGUCGCCCUGGUCACUCUCUCUGGAACUUGAUCCACUUCUGCCGUUGAGGUAUUCUUGUAUUCAUUGGGUUGACCACUUUUAUCUAAGCGAGAAUGAAGUGCGAGGUUUAUCUCAAAUGGUGUACAAUUUCCUGAAGGAGAAGUUUCUCAACUGGAUCGAGGCUCUGAGCCUUCUCCAGCAGUACGUGGUUGGGUCAGCCAGUGUGGAGAAAUUGAUUUUGGCUAUCAAGGCCCAGACCGUGGCCGCAUCGGAGAUCAUGAGCUUUUUGAAAGACGCUCAUCGGUUCCUCCUUUUCCAUCGACAAACCAUUGAGCAUUAUCCAUUACAGAUAUACAUCUCGGCUCUCAUUUUCAGCCCCAUGAAGAGUGUGAUACGAGAAACCUAUGCAAGCGAUAUUCCAGACUGGAUUGUUAAGCCGCCUUCCAUGCCCGACGAAUGGGAUCCUCAUGUUCAGACCAUGGAGCUCGAAGACUUGGCUCCACCGGAUGACCAUUUUCAUGGAGGAAUCGGAAAGGUUGCAACUUUCCCUUCUGGUGGUUUAAUUGCUUGCCUUUACAGCCAUGCCAGCUCUGGUUACCAGCAACUGGACUUCGAAGAACAGUAUAAGGACGUGACAGUCGUACGCCUCAAUGGUGAGCGACUGUAUACUUGUCACCACCAUCAUGACGUCCAGAAUAUCGCCUUUCUACCCAACGGGAAGCUUGUCAGCAGUACUAGAAAGAAUGUAUUUGUAUGGAACAGGCAAGGUCAGUGUGAAAGUUCCUACAAUCUUAUGGAGACAAGAAUUGAGGACAGGAACAAACUCCAAAAAUCGCUGGAAAAGGAUUCUGUCAUUCAUGAGUACUUCAACGAACUUUGCACAUUCCUGGAAUACGUGUCUGGUAGCGGCAACGACAGAAGUGAAGACCAAUUUUCCCAGGAGAUGAUCGUAAACAAUGAAGGGGAAAUCAUGUCUUCACGUAUUGUUGGAAAUAUUCUCAGAGUCUGGUCCAAGCUCGAUGUGAUGGAAGAUCCGGCAUCAUUCGAUCUUCCUCGGUUAACACACAGCAACGCGUGGUACGAACAUCGUCUGACAUAUAAUAGUCGUGUUGUGCUUUGGCAGGGAUAUCGACUUUUUCAGGGCGUCGAGGAAGAUUUAUCCCGAGAUGGGGGAGAUUACGAUCUCCAUGUAGUAGACUUGUCCGACAAAUCCAUCAUCUCCCUUCACCGGCACACUGCACCUGUCUACAACGUAUCGUGCAGUCGAAAUGGCCGGAUGGCAUCCGCUUCUUUGGAUGGCACACUCAAUAUAUGGGACUCAAGUGGACACCUACUACAUACGCUUGAAUGUGGUAGUUACGUUACUGGGAUGUCUCUGCUUGAGAAUGAUAAUUUUGUCACACUUCACAGAGAAUCCAAGCGUGACCAAGUAUACUUUUGGAGUCCUGACGGACAAAGGCAACAUGGCUGCACGAUAAAGUCAUUGUGGCGCGGCGAAGAGUUAUUCCCCAUCUCGCAGUCAGAAAAUGAGAAGAGGCCACUGCUUGGUGUGCGGUGCUCCAAGGAAAUCGAAGUUGUGGACGCGAACUUGAUGCAGUCUACUGAACCAAGUAUCAGGUACUGCAUCCCCAUUUUUCAAACGCAAAAGGUUGUGCUUUUUCUCCAGAACGGCAGCAUAAAGCUUGUUGAUGUGAACACACAUAGCACAACCCUGUUCCGGCACACGACUAAUUAUGUCGGUCUCGGCCAUCUUCACAGCCAAGUAUCGCCAGAUGGAAAACUAUUAUGCUGUGUAGAGAAGGACCUCGACAACCACAUUCUCCGUGUUUUUGAGCUAUUAAGCGGACAAGAGCUCUACACCUUUACCACGAAGUUGUGGUUCAAUUCCGCACUCGGAGAAUGGAGUGCACAAGACUCAGAUGAUUGUCAAUCUAUGUCUUCCCGAUCUCAGAUUACCUUCUCGGGCAACAAUCAAUUCAUGGCAUGGAGGACGUAUUCUGGAAUCAUGCGAGUAGAUCUGGACACCGGAGGUGUGUUUGAGGUGAAAACUGGUGACAUCGAGUUGGUGAAUGGGAGCCAUAUUGCGUUAUCCCCAGAUGGUCGAUACGCUGCAAUAGGCAAACAUGAAUAUUACGAGGGCUGCGUAUGUUUCUAUGACAUGCAGGAUGGCGAACUCGUACAGAGUAUACCAUUGACGUUCGAGUGGGACUAUCUAAGCUGGUCAGCUAAUGGGCACCAUCUGAUCAUAUGCGGUUUACCGUCCCACGGGGAUCCAACAUUCAUCAUCUUGGACACGAAGAGCCUUCAGUUCAACGAUAUUCGCAGAGAAAUGGAGGAGGGCCGAUCAUCCUUCGAAAAGGCAGAGAAAGUUCCACAGGAAAUUCGUGAUCACAUUGAGGAGCACCAUAACACAGCUUUUGGCUUCUACUUGAGUCAAGCAAUACCUGGAACUUCACAACGUCCAAAAUUUCGUAUUGUUGGCUGGAGGUCAGGAUGGAUACAGCGAAACGGUGAAGAUAUUAUUCACGUGCCCGAGAGAUACUAUGUGUGGCCGCUCGUACGAAUUGGCGGUGGUAUAGAUCGAGUCGAUAUGGCUGGGUUAACCAGGGAAGGACAAUUGAUGUGGUUCACGUUUUCCAACAACGAAUCAGAGUUCCAGCAGUGGCGUUCUAGGCUUUUCAGGUAG